AUGCAAAACGAGGAUUGCCGAAAUAAAGUGCAAAAAUCUGUCGAAGAUAAUACUUCUCCAAGCCUUUCUUGGAUGAUGCAACAAGAUUAUGGUCAAGACAACGCACAUAAUAGUUUAGUAGCAGAAAAUUCUGUAGAAGUACAGCAAGUACUUGCUAAAUUCCACAAUACUUCCAAUAACUCUCCUAUAGUGGAUGCUGAAGUUUGUUCAGAUGCGGGUAAUAAUCAAGAUAAAGAUAAAACUGUUAUUGAAGAAAAUACUACUAAUAUAUCCAGACCAAACAGUUUAAGCAUAGAUAUAGCUAAGAUUGACUUAGUCCCACCAGAGAAUUUUAGUUCAGUUGUCGGUGGAGUUUAUCGUAGUGGACUCCCGCGUCCAGAGAAUUUCCCCUUUUUAAAGAAGCUAGGAUUACGAUCCAUCUUAUUAUUAUUACCGGAGCCUUAUUCCUCUGAACAUAUUAAUUGGAUGGAAGAGAAUGGGAUUAAACUAUUUCAAGUUGGCUUAAGCGGUAAUAAAGAACCAUUUGCUAAUAUUCCAGCACAACUAUUGACCGAAGCAUUAUCUGUGGCACUGGACCCAAGUAAUCAACCUUUAUUAAUACAUUGCAACCGUGGGAAACAUCGUACAGGUUGUGUUGUUGGAUGUAUACGAAAAUUGCAACAUUGGUCAUUAACAAUGAUAUUUGAUGAAUAUAGAAGAUUUGCAUUCCCCAAGGCCCGUGCUUUAGAUCAACAGUGCAUAGAGCUUUAUGAUGAAACAGAAAUUCAAAAAUAUUUAGAUUUAAAUGGUCUUUUACCUGUACCAUGGUAG